AUGGAACCUAUAAAUUCGGCAAAAAAAAAUUCAAUUAAUUUAUCCCCACCAUCCGAUAAGCCAUCCGAUAAGCCGUCCGAAAAGUCAUCCGAGAAACCAUCAAGACCAGUUUUAACGCGUAUUAAUACAGGAGAUCGUAUUAUGCCUAAAAUUAUCGAACCAAACGAUGAUAAAAAUAUUAAUCAUACUAAUAAUGUUAGUUUUGAAAUAGGUGGACAAAAACAAAAUCAAGAUAUAAAUAUAAAUAUGCUUACUUCACAAAUUGAAGAAUUUUUUGUUACUUCACCAACAGAUUCAUCAAUUGACAUUUCAGUACGCGACUUAAAAUCGGAUGAAUCCGAUGCAGUUCUGGUAGCACUUGUUGAUCGUGAAAUAGAAAUGAAAGAUUUAUUUAUAAAAAAUGAAGAAUAUUUUGAAAUGGUUAAAAAUAGUAUUUUUUCUUCAGAAGAAAAUGGAGAAUGGCAAGAAUUUCUUACAAUUCUUUAUUCACCACGUGACCGUAUUCCUGACUUGGAGUGGAUGAAUAAAAUUUCAGGAUUCUUGGAAAUGAAUCCACAACUUUUAGCAAAUUUCAAAGAAAUGGUUGGAUUCUAUGAUAACAUAGAAGAUCACAUGACCACAUCUGAAAUAAACGAGGAUUAUGAAGAUGAAGCUUAUACAUUAACAAAUGAUGAAAUCACAGAUAUUGUAGAUAUAAUAUCUAUAAGAGAUCGACCAAAAAUCUUGGAAAAUAUUUUAAAUUCAUAUCCACAAUUUUUUAUAAAUGCACAACAAGUAAUGAGUCAAGUGCAAAAACGACCUGGAAAUCAUGAUAAUAAUGGAUCAUUAUAUGAUGAAUUCAAAAAGAUAUUAACUUGUCCAAGAAGUGAGAUGAGUGAUGAUGAAUGGGAAAUUGCUAUUUACGAAUGUUUAGAUCCUUGGCCUCAGCUUGUCGCACAAUUUGAAGAAAUUGUUGCAUAUGAAAUUAACGAAAUUAGAAAUGAUUAA